GUAACCCCAUUUCACGAACAACAGAUUCAGAACACUCAGAUUGGAGAGGAGAAUGUGAAACGGCCUGGAACAGAAACAGGGACAGAGCUAUCGUCAAAAACAAUUACUGGAAUUUAUGGAAAUGCGCAAAGACGCGCGCGGUUCUUUGGCACACUGGGGACCAUCGAUGGAAUGUAGAAGUGUCUACUUUUAAGUCAAUCAUUGGAUUAGACACAACUGAUUUUUUGUCGCUGUGAGGAUUACAAUUAUGAUAUACGUCUUAUUUUUGUUGUGCCUCGUCCAUGUGUCAGGUGCGGUGACAGACCUGACCGUCAUCUCCAACGCUGAGGCCUCCACCCCUCAGCUCUUCUCCAUCUCCUGCCUCACUGGGGAGCGGGAUGCAGCAGAGCUAGACCUGGACAUCAAGAAGGACAACAGCAUCCUCAUCCUCUCCUCACGGCCACGUUACAGAGUCAAAAGGCCCAAGACCAAGGAGGUGGUGGCGAACGAGUUCGUGGGUGUGAUGGACCUAACAGGCAUCUUCUACUGCCAUGCGUCCCACGGAACUGAUCCUCUUAUAAACCUGGGUAAAGUGACUCUCAUCAACAACUUUGCCAAAGCCCUGUUUGUCCCGGCCCACCUCACGGUGACAGCAAACAGAGGAGACACAGUUCACCUGGCCAUGCAGGUCCUGAGCUCCCAGAGAAGAGACGUCACCUGGAAAUACAACGGUAACUAUCACUACACGACCCACUGGGGUGAUGUGUCCAACAGUACGGCUGUACUAACCCUGGAGGAUGUGGCUAAAGCCAACGAGGGCAUCUACAGUGCCAGCUUCGUGGGAGACAGUCCCAUCAAUGGAGCCUGGAUGAGGCUGAUUGUCAGAGACUGUGGCAGUAAGAAGUGGGGUGCCGACUGUGACAAGGACUGUCCAGAGUGUCUCAACGGAGGGGUGUGUCACCACCGGGACGGGGACUGCAUCUGCCCACCGGGGUUCAUGGGAAUGCGCUGCGAGACAGCCUGUAGAGAGGGAAUGUUUGGGCUUAACUGCCAGGAGUCAUGCAAGCCAGAGAUGGACUGUAGAGGGCUGAGGUUCUGCCUGGCUGACCCUUACGGAUGCUCCUGUGCCAGUGGCUGGUCUGGGAACCACUGCAACAGAUUCUGCCACAGGGACAUGUACGGAGCAGACUGCAGGCUGCGCUGUAAGUGUAAGAACGGUGGAGCGUGUAACCACUUCAGUGGAUGUCAGUGUCCCACUGGCUGGAGAGGACGGCACUGUGAGAAAUCAGACCGCGCCCCCCAGAUCUUGGACAUGGCCAGUGGUCUAGAGUGGAACCUUCACUCCAGCCCCAAGAUCCUGUGUUCCGCCACAGGCAACCCUCUGCCCAGCCACGCCAGCAUUGAGCUGCGCAAACUGGACAGCACUGUGCUCAAGGCGUCUCGUACUACCAUGGACUCCAAUAAGAGCACAGCCCAGUUUGAUAUUCCCCGUCUGUCCACUGAGCAUGCUGGGUUAUGGGAGUGUAGGGUUUCCACCAAUGGGGGACAAGACUCAAGGAAGUUCAACCUCAGUGUCAAAGAGCCACCGUGCCCCAGCACCCCUCCCAAGCUGCUGGAGAAGAGGAGUAAGCAGCUGGUGGUGAUGCCUGUGGAGUCCUACAGAGGAGACGGACCCAUCGACUCCACCAAGCUCCUCUACAAGCCCAUGGAGACAGGAGACUCCUGGUCCUCCAUCAUAGUGUACAGUAGAGAGCCUAUAACUCUGAUGAAUCUGAAACCAUCUACACGCUACCACGUCCGUGUCCAGCUGACCCGUCCUGGGGAGGGAGGGGAGGGGACUCUGGGGCCUGAGGCCAUCAUGGAGACUGACUGUCCAGAGCCCACUCUUCGACCAGAGAUUGACUUCAGCUCGCUGGAGGGCCGCAACGCUACUGUGCGCUGGCUGUUGCAUGGCAACGCGGACAGGGCCAGCGGGUUCUUAGUGCAGCUCUUCGGGCCCUCCCCCUCAGGAGAGAAGCUGAGAGAGGAGACCACCCUGCUCAAUGUGCUCUCCACCAAGUUCUACAACCUGCAGUACCACCAAGACUACACAGUGGUCGUCAGGCUGCUCAACUGUGGCAGUCUGGGGCCCGCCUCUAAGCCAUACAACGUCCGCAUAAACAGCCAGGGUCCCUCAUCUCCUCGGAACGUCCAGGCUCUGCCCCUGUCUGUGUCUGCGGUGCAGGUGAAGUGGCAGCCCCCUGAGGACCCUAACGGGGGCAUAGUAAAGUACAUCAUAGAGUACCAGUCGGUGGGACAGGGCAGCCUGCACCCCUGGGUCGACACAGACGAUGGCAACAAGACAGCUAAAGAUGUGACAGCGCUCAACGGGAGUACUCUCUACCAGUUCAGAGUGAGGGCCUUCUCUAAAGUACCCGGGGAGUGGAGCAAGUUUGUCCAUGCCAGGACCCAGGGAGAUGGUCCCCAGGACUUCACUCCUACCACCCAGGGUGUGGGGGGGCUUCCAGGCAGUGAGGGCUACCAUUUGUUGGUAGCUGUGGUGGGGUCUGUGACGGUCACCUGUGUCACCAUCCUGCUGGCCCUGCUGGCUCUCUUCUGCAUCCGCAAAACUCUGCUCAACCGCAGACGCACCUUCACUUACCAGUCUGGAUCGGGAGAGGAGACCAUCCUCCAGUUUAACUCUGGGACCCUGACCCUGACAAGGAGGCCGAAGCCUACCUCUGAGCCCCUCACCUACCCCAUCCUGGAGUGGGAUGACAUCAAGUUUGAAGAUGUGAUCGGAGAGGGCAACUUCGGACAGGUCAUCAAGGCCAUGAUCAAGAAGGACGGGGCCAAGAUGAGCGCUGCUAUCAAGAUGCUAAAAGCAGAGUUUGCCUCGGAGAAUGACCACCGGGACUUUGCAGGAGAGCUGGAAGUGUUGUGUAAACUGGGUCAACAUCCCAACAUCAUCAACCUCAUAGGAGCCUGUGAAAACAGGGGGUACCUGUACAUUGCCAUUGAGUACGCCCCAUAUGGAAACCUGCUUGACUUCUUGCGUAAGAGCCGGGUCCUCGAGACAGACCCUGCCUUCGCCAAGGAGCACGGCACAGCCUCCACCCUCACCUCACAACAACUGCUGCAGUUCGCUGUCGACGUGGCCACUGGCAUGCACUACCUUAGUGACAAACAGUUCAUCCACAGAGACCUGGCAGCGAGGAACGUUUUAGUGGGAGACAACCUAGUGGCCAAGAUAGCAGACUUCGGUCUGUCCCGAGGGGAGGAGGUCUACGUCAAAAAGACCAUGGGGAGGUUGCCAGUGCGUUGGAUGGCGAUAGAGUCCCUAAACUACAGUGUGUACACCAUCAAGAGUGACGUGUGGUCUUUCGGUGUACUUCUAUGGGAGAUAGUGAGUUUAGGUGGUACUCCCUACUGUGGGAUGACCUGUGCUGAGCUCUAUGAGAAACUCCCUCAGAGCUACAGGAUGGAGCAGCCCAGGAACUGUGACGACGAAGUGUAUGAGUUAAUGAGGCAGUGCUGGAGAGACCGGCCGCAUGAGAGACCUCCUUUCUCUCAGAUCUCUGUACAGCUCAACAGGAUGCAGGAGGCCAGGAAGGCCUACGUGAACAUGGCACUCUUCGAGAACUUCACCUACGCUGGGAUAGACGCCACGGCCGAGGAGGCCUGACUACCAGCCCCCACAGUCCCCGGCAGGUCACGUAGCCCACGGGAGAGGCCCCGGGGCUCAGCCCUGCGUUACUGUCGCGCCCCAGCUGCUGCCCAAUGUGGGGACCGAUGGAGUAGCAGACGAUCCACCUGGACCACAAGGGUAAAGAGGGAGGACUGUGAAAGGACACUGUGGAGGUCUUAUGGGGGCUGGGAAGGGAGAUGUGGAACUGGACACUGCAGUCCUUCCUGAAGGAAAGUAUAGAAGAAUGAGGGGCAGUUUUAUAUCUUUAUGUUUGAAGCCUGAAAUGUGGCAAAAGGUCGCAAAGUUCAAAGGGGCCGAAUACUUUCGCAAGGCACUGUAGGUGGGUUUGGUGAUGCGUUUACCUCUCUCAUCUAGGGUUGAGUCGCUGAUCAGUAACUUGAAUCUUCUCACCCGGCCAUCCUGUCCCGGGUACACUUCUGUAACCUUUGCCAAUUUCCACUGGUUGCGUGGUGCAGUAUCAUCUUGCAAAAUGACAAUGUCAUUAAUCCUUGCAUUUCUUCUGUCUUUACUCCAUUUCUGUCUGUGUUGGAGGUUUAGGAAUUACUCUUUCUUCCACCUUGUCCAGAAUUCAUUGGCUAAGAAUUGUACUCUGCGCCAUCUCUUGCGGAGAUAAAGAUCUUCCUUGAUGAACUGUCCAGGUGGCGGUAAGAUAACUGUGGACUUCAUUGUUAAGAUGCGAUUUGGCGUGAGAGGUUCUGGACCUAAUGGAUCAUUCAGAUAUUCCGUAGUUAGGAGCCUACUAUUUAAAAUCGCCAUGACUUCAUAGAAAAAGGUACGCAGAGAAGCGGUGUCGAGUCUUCCGUCUGACUAAUCAAGAGUGGAUGUUAAGACACUUCGUAUCGUGCAGAUGGCUCAACUUACCCCACUCUCCCCUGUAUCGCUUGCUUUACAUAAGUAUGUACCUCCUGUACUGUAUUUGUUCCUUAGCGUGUCCUUAUCGAAUUAUAUCAUCCUCUUGUAAAAGUGUAGUAUAAAUCUUUUAUACAGACAAUUUGUUUACCUUUGUGACAUACUGUAUGCUACCUGUAUCCCUUUGGAUGGUGUAUCUACUGGAACUACUCUGUGAGAAAAGGGUUUGUUUUCAGUUUUCUUUAAUAAAACGUCUCAGUGGUGACUGACUGGA